AAUGAAAUUGAAAAUGUUAAAAGAUUCUAUAAAAGCUACCAGGUCCUUUGAUUUCUGUGUAAAAAUAAGGUUAUCACAUCAGUUGUGAAGGUAGUCCUUCACAAGCCCAGAAAUUUCUUUUCCUAAGCGAGAAAUUUUUUUGUGCAUUUUUCCAUCUUUCUUGCCUCACAGUUGGUAAGUGAAUCACUGCAGUUGUCACCUUAUUAACGUUAUUAAAUGAAUCUGGCUUCCCCAUUGACUUUACUCAUCAGAAGGUUGCAAAAGGUGAUCACAUGACCCUGGGGGAUUACAGUUGUUUUAUGAGUCAGUUGCCAAGAGUCUAACAAUUACCAGAUCCUUUAAGUUCUGUAUAGAAAGAAAAUUAUUUUCUGUAUUGUUCAUGCAGCUGUCACUUUAUUAUUAAUUCAUUUUUUAAAGAAAGAUAGGCAUUUCAUAAAUAGUGAUAAAAAAACCUUAGAAUUGAUGGGGUUUUUGUAGUUUUUUUCUAUUGAAAGUAAACAAGUGCAUUUGAUCAUAUGUAACUUUUGAAUGAAAUAUCAACAAUAAGUAAUAUUGAGGGAUAACCUUUUAAUGCUUCUACUAUAGCAAAUCCUCUGAUAAUAUAGAGAGCAUCUGAAGCAUUCAGAAUGAUUCACUUUAUUUAGUACAUAUGAAAUAUCUCAGUAAUGAAUACCAGUAUUGAAUGUUAAGUAUUUUUAUAAACAUAAUAGUAUGAAAACACAUUGUGUUUUCCAUUAUGACUAGAAUUUGUCUAAAAUCACUUCUGCUCUCUAUAUAUUUAUGUUAACAGAUUAAUUAUAUUUGAGUUACAGAGUAAUCUAAUCAACCAAACACAGAAGAAAUUUUGUUACAAAUUAGGAGGCAUAAAAACAAAUCAAGGUGUACAUGCUUUCAGGGUUCCAAGUAACAGCCCAUAGGUAAUCAAAACUCCAAGGCAGAGUUCCUCAAAGUAUAGAUGUAUUCAGCAUGUCAUAUUGGCACAGCUGGUGAAAAUAUGAACUGAAGUCCCCCGGGUUUUCCCCACCCAGUUCAGAGUCCAAAGUUCUCCCCCACAUUACACACAUCCAUCACAUGCCCCAAUCAAGUCUCUCUUCCCACCCCAGAUGCCUCCCUACCAUGCCUCUUCAAAUGCUGGUGAGAGUGUCGUUGGUUCCCAGAAGAAAGAAUGUUAUUUUGGCUACAUAUCCCCCUCAGCUAUCUCUACUCCCCACUUUCUUUCCCACAGCUUCAGCUAGCAUCUCUGUGGCAUCUUCAGAAUAAUUUGAAAUUUAAAAAAACUUGUUACUUUACAACUGGAAGUAGAUGCAUCUGAUGAUUGCUUAUGUUUCUUGGUGGUCAAGUGUUUCUUAAUAGCUGCUCUGCCCCCAACUGCAAUACAAAAUUCUCCGCUGCAAAUAUUGCAGAAAACAAUGUUAUCCUUCUUUGAUAUGAGGAAUGGAAAUUCCUUAUUCAAUUUAUCAUUGAAAUGGCAUUUCCUCUUUUUUUAUUUUUCCAUCUCUAAAUGAAAUUUAAAAUUUAAAAUAAAAUAUAGAGCUACACGAACAAUGCAAGCACAUUCAUUAUGAAUAAAUAAAAUUAAUUAUUAAAACUGAAACAAUAACAUAAGCAAAUAAACUUGUAAAUAAAAUUAUACAUAUUUGGAAAUUAUUAAAUAGAUAAUGAAUUAAUAAAACGUGAAUUAUUGUGCUCACCUGUAUAUGAUUGACUAUUUACUGAGAAAAAGUUAGUCUAAUGCGUGCAUGUGUGCCGUGUCGUGUUUCGGUAAGAAGUAAACAAAGCCACUUGCGCACGGCGUGCACUCUCAAAACAAUUCUCCUGUGCAAAGCACAUGCGUCUCAUAAUCGUGUCUAGCCGCACUGUACCGAGCUUUGAAUCGUCAUGUCAAAUAUAAAUAUGUCACAUCAUACGCAACGGAUCGGAUUGGCAUUGAUCGAAUACGGAGAUAUACAGAUUAGUCUUCAAAUAUUGAAAAGGAGGACAUGUAGGAGGACAUGUAGGAGGACACUUUUCGAGAGAUGUCAGAAUUUACAAAAGAAGAACUGUCCUCCCUAAAGGAGGACGAUUGGUCACCUUAGCAUUAUUCAAUUCAAUUCAAUCUUUAUUACAGUUAUGGACCAACACAAAAAAAUUAAACAUUAAAAUAAAAUAAAACAAAACUGAACAGAAUAGAACGGGGCAUAGUAAAUAAUAUAUUACAAUUGAUGGAGAAAUCAGCGGCUGACCAGUCUGCCUAAUUUUAUAGACAGUGUAACAAAACUUAGCUACAUUCAGAGAAUCAUACUGAUCCAACAAUAAAAGUUUAGAUAAAAAUAAUCAGAGUUUCUGGGGAUAUUUAAUCAGGUAAGAGUCUGUGAGUCGCUGUAGAGGGGGCAAUACAAUAGGAUAUUGGCUGUACUUUCAAUGGCCCCUUUUCCACAGGGACACCACUCAUAUGGAACUUUUUUCUAUCAGCUCUCCAGAAUUGCUCUGAGCAGAGUAUUUACAGCAUGCUAUAGUUAAUGCCCUCCAAAAUUUAGAGACAGCUAUAUAAUAUAAAUAUUUAGCUGGUUUGUGAAGUGGGCCCUGUCUGUUCAAGAAAACAUUAUUGAGUCAACAUUCUUCCUGUCUUAUUGAACUUCCUGAUCUUUAAUACUUUGUUUAAAUGCACUAAGUGCAUACUUAUAGCCCAUCAUUAGGAACUCCUUCUUGGAGAGGCCAAGAUGCUAGAGUUUGAGGAAAAGAAGCAAUCAUAUUAUUUGUCAUUUAAUCUUCUUUUGAGUCUAAUCACUCACAAUGAUUGGUUAAAUAAUUUGUCCAUGUUUGCUAUAAUACAUGCCACACUUAGAGACCAUACACAGUGCCUUUGUUUUGGAACUAUCCGAAUGCUGAGUGGGGUUGCAGGAAGUUAUUAUAAGACAUCUCAGAAUAGUGUCUGCAGUCCACUUUUCCUUAAUCUCUCAGAGAGAUACACAGAUGUCACAUUACAUGCAAUCAUGCAACACCUCAUACACAGAGGAAGAAAUAAUAUAAAAUAUGCAUAUAUUUCUGAGACCUGAAGGGAAUCUAUGAGUCAACUAUUCAAUCUAUCAGGCACUGGCAGCAAAGAGAGGUUUUUUUAUCUCUUGAUUGCCAAUUUGUUCAAAAGAUUGAGUCUGAGAAAGAAUUUUAGCUGAGAGGAUGGAAGUGGGAACUCUAAACUACUUUAAAAACAUGUGAAGUAAGGAACUGAGGAGCCAAGACACCUGGGGGCAGUGGCCACAGGGAAGGAAAUUUCCUAUCCCAUGGACUACAGAUAUGUAAGAGAUUAAUUUUUUCAGGGAUACUUCCAAUUAUUUUGAUUAGAUAGAAGAGUACAAAAAUAAACUGGAAGAUGGAAUACAAGAAUUGUAAUUAAACAACUCAGAUGGAGUGUGAAACAAACUCAAGGUAACCUCCGCUUAAUUCUGCUUGGUAUGAGCAGGGUAGAGGAAUACGUUGCCAGGCUUCCAAGGCUCUGGUAUGACAUCCUAUAGCAGUAGCGUUUCAGUGGUCCCUGCACUGUCAACUUCCUGACCUAACCUACUUGAUAGUUGAUAUUUUAAGCUGGAAAAGCUAGCCCAUGUUAGGACUUGACACUCUCUAAGUUGACCAGUUGACCAAUAUACCAACUCAUUUGAAAAAGAAAAUAAGUGUGCUAAAGAUGGGUUUAAAUUAAAAGAAGAUGUGGGGAGUAGAACAAAUCAGAGAGAGAUGAAAAGGUACAAUUCUGGAGAAAGCUGAUUCAAACAAUUGUAGGCACAGUCUUCUGGCAUGGAAAUAGCCUCCCCCUGAGCAUUGCCCCCACACACCGUAUAUUUAUUUUGUGUAUGUGCUUUUCUUUGAUCUUUGACAUGAAUACAAUAAUAAAUAAUAGGAUGAUAAAAAUGUAUUGGCAUGUAUCUAACAGUUAUUGACUUGUUGAGAUUCUAUAGUGUAAUGUUUACAUUUUGUCAAAAUUCCAAUGUGGAUAAAAAUAGAUCUAAACAAUUUUCUUUUUGAAAUGAAUUCAAAUGCAAGAUAACCUGCCCCUCCCAAAUUUUCCCAUGGGUACUAGAAGGGUCUGUACCAAUAGUGCUGAAUGGAGGUUUGAUUCUGGGGGCUAUGAAUAACCAUAGACUAAUGUUAAUCACAAAACAGUUGCAAACAUGAUUGAUUUACAAAUGUUGGUAUAGCAAGGGGUGCUUUCAUUGAGCAAAUCAACAGGAAUCUUUAUCCCAUACUAAUCAAUGACAUUAGAUCUUGUAAGAAAUAAUUUUUGUUUUUUUACAAAUAUAAAUAGGGUACAAAUGUACAAUCUAAUAAUGGAGACAAUGAAAGAAAACUAUUUACAAACAAAGACUUUACUAAUACUCUGACUGUAUACUAAUUGUAUAAGCAAGAAAAUGAUAUUAUAGAAAACCAGUGCAGAAAGCACUAGACAGUAAAAAGAGUCUCUAUUCAAUUUCAAUUAUCUAUUCAGUUGGCUUUGUCAAUGAAAAAUAGGUUCUAAUUUUAAUGUUAAUAGGCCAUGGUGCUUAGAAAUUUAGCAGUCAUUAUAUGAUUUAAAUUGAAUUUACAGUUGUGUUGGCAACCAUCAUAGGCAAAUCUACUCUACUGACUACUCAGAAAGUUAUCCUAAUUUUAAGAAAAUGUUCCUAAUGCAUAAAAUACACUAAUAUUCCUUCAGGUGAAUUGAAGUCUUCAAUCUUCCUCGUUAUUAGAACUGUUAGGUUACAACUAAUAUGUAUGUAAAGGAGAAAGGAACAGAAAACAGAUAUUAUUUUCCUUAUUGUACCAUGAUAUGGUUGAGGAUAGCUGAAACUAUGAAUUAAAAUAUUGAAGCUAUAUUCCUAGAUACAGGAAAAAGGAGAUAAGUGUGUGAUAAGGAAAAAAGAGAUAUGUCUGAGAUACAAAAGAAAUUAUCAAAACAGUAGGACAAUAAUAUUAGGAUUUGCCUACUACUAUCAGAAGAUUGAGAUUCAAGUAUCAAUAAUGAUUAAUUCUCAUGAUAUUCUUGGAGCCUAGCCUAUGUGCCAUAGAGUAUGUUAUAAAUUGCAGAUUAUAUUCCUGUUUUCCUGAGACCAGGUCUAGUGAAGACAGUUCUAAGCUGACAGGUGUCACAUUGCACUGCACAAUAGGAUAUAAAGAGGUUAUAACAUGAAAGAGGUAUGUUACAAUUAAAGCAUCAUAAAGAGUAAAAAGAAACACCAGAAUGCCAACUCUUCCACAUUUAUUCUUGAACACCUCAAAAACGGGUGGUAUGCAAGUAUAAAUCCCUUGCAGUUUUCCCUCUGACCUCAGGGUGUCGCUGUUAACCAACUGGGACGCCAAAGAGAAUGGAGAAGAGCUGCUUGUUAUACAGAUGCUUCCCAAAGGAGGAUUCCGGCAUUUCGUUAAAGACAGGGGAAACAGCAGAUCACAAAUGCAAAGCAAUCUUGCGAAACGGGAAGGUCCCAGACAUUAAGAAGAAACGAGAGUGUUUCUUACUAUUCUGCAUUCCGAUGAGAUUUUGAGGCAGUCACUUUAUUGCAGAGGAGAUGGAACGAGGGCAAGGAGGGAAUGGCAGAGCAAUCCGAAGGCAAGUACUAUCGUUCUUAAUGUUGUCGGUUUCCUACCGGGCCGUUUCCGAACAGAUUCAUUAUUCCAUCCCCGAGGAGAUGUCAAAAGGUUCUAUAGUGGGGAAUCUUGCAAAGGAUCUAGGACUGAGUCUCAGAGAACUGGCAAUUCGCAAAAUGCAUGCCAUCUCUGUGGGCAAGGUGCAGUAUUUCACAAUCAGUGCAGAAAAUGGAAACCUCUGUGUGAAUGACAGGAUAGAUAGGGAAGAAAUAUGUGGCCGUAUCCCACUGUGUGUUCUUAAUCUUAAAGUGGUUAUUGAAAAUCCGUUAAAUAUUUACCAUCUAAAAAUAGAGAUACAAGACAUUAAUGAUAAUUCUCCACAGUUUCUCAGUAGCAUAAUCCAGUUGGAGAUAAUUGAAACAACACAAAUAGGCACCAGAUUCCUUCUUGGGAAUGCCAAAGAUCCAGACAUUGGCACAAACGCUUUACAGAAUUAUCAUCUUAGCACCAAUCCUUACUUUACUUUGGAUGUGAAAGAGAGUCAAGAUGGAAAUAAAUUUGCAGAUUUAGUAUUGCAGAAACCACUUGAUCGCGAGAGUGAACCAACGGUUCAGAUAACACUUACUGCGCUAGAUGGUGGGAAACCCAGAAAAACUGGAACAGCCCAAAUAUGGAUCAAUGUCACCGAUGCCAAUGAUAAUCCACCUAUAUUCACUCAAGAAGUCUACACAGUCAAUCUGAGGGAAAACCUACCAGUUGGGUUCCUAGUGCUGCAACUUGUAGCUUCAGAUAAAGAUGAAGGCUCAAAUGCACAAAUUAGAUAUUAUUUCAGCAAUAUACCGCUGAAUGCAAAUAAGAAGUUCAGCCUAGAUUCAACCAGUGGAAUGAUUUCUCUUGUGGAACCAUUGGACUUUGAGGAAAACUCAGAAUAUGUGAUGACUGUAGCAGCAAAAGAUGGAGGUGGAUCAAUGACCCAUUGUAAAGUAGAAGUAAAAAUCCUUGAUGAGAAUGAUAAUGUGCCAGAAAUUAUAACUGCAUCUGUUUUUAGUCCCAUUCUGGAAGAUUCUCAGUCUGGGACAGUUAUUGCUCUCAUCAAUGUACAUGACAGAGAUACUGGUAAUAAUGGAAAGAUUGUUUGUUAUUUAGAAAAUCACUUGCCAUUCAAGAUUCUUCCAUCAUCUGACAACUACUACACUCUCUUGAUAGAUAAACCUUUAGACAGGGAAAAAGCAUCUCAGUAUAAUAUUACAAUCACAGCUUUUGACAAAGGAACUCCUCCAUUGAACACAAUUAAAACCAUCUUACUGGAGAUCUCUGAUAUCAAUGAUAAUGCUCCUGCUUUUGAAAAAGCUUCCUACAGCAUCUAUGUGCCAGAGAACAAUCUUUCUGGUGCCUCCAUCUUCCAGAUUCAAGCCUUUGAUCCAGAUGUAGAUCAAAACUCACAGAUCACAUAUUCAAUCCCCACCAGCAACAUUGAAGAACUUCCCAUCUCCUCCUAUAUCUCCAUUCACUCUGAGACUGGCAUCAUCUAUGCCCAGCGAUCCUUUGACUAUGAGCAGUUCAGGGAAUUCCAGCUGCAGGUGAAGGCACAAGAUGGCGGUAGUCCCCCUCUCAGCAGCAACGUCACAGUCAGGGUGUUUAUCCUGGACCGGAAUGACAACAGCCCCCAAAUCCUGUACCCUUCAACAGACUCCGACCUCUUUGAGAUGGUCCCUCAUUCAGCCGAGGCAGAUUAUCUGGUAACAAAGGUGGUGGCCGUGGAUGCUGAUUCUGGACAGAAUGCCUGGCUCUCCUACCAGCUGAUUCAAACCACAGAGCUGGCCCUCUUCACUAUUGGCUUCCAAACGGGAGAGAUCAGGACAGCUAGAACCUUUUUGGAAAGAGAUGCUGUGAAACAGAGACUGGUCCUUCUGGUGAAGGAUAAUGGACAACCGACUCUCUCAGCCUCUGUCACUCUAAACCUGGUGUUUGCUGAGAACUUCCAGGAGGCCCUUCCAGAGAUGAAAAACCAGAUGAAGAGUUCAGAGGAUCAAUCAGAUUUGCAGUUCUAUUUGGUGGUGGCCUUAGCUGUGAUGUCAUUUUUAUUCCUCGUGUCAGUGAUUCUGGCCAUUGCUAUCAAACUCAGGCAGUCAGGGAAUUCUAAUUUCUUACCAUGUUUUGCUCCUGUUUCCCAUUCCACAGCUGGGGUCAUAUUUCCACCCAGUUUUCAAGAUGGGACUCUGCCUUAUUCCUACCAGCUUUGCCUCUCCUCAGAAUCCAGAAAGAAUGGAUUUACCUUCCUGACACCAAACGUUCAUAUUGCAGAGAAUGUGCUUUGUGGUGAAAAAACUGAGGUGCCUCUUUCAAGCAACAGAGAAAGCAUUUUGCAUCCUGAGUUGGAAAAUAACGGGAAGCAAGCACAACCUAACACAGACUGGCGUUUUUCUCAGGCUCAGAGACCAGGAACUAGUGGAUCUCAGAAUGGAGAUGAAAAUGGAACUUGGCCAAACAAUCAGUUUGAUACUGAAAUGCUUCAGGCUAUGAUUUUAGCAUCAGCCAAUGAAGCUGCUGCUGCCGCUGCAGCUAAUCCAGAUGGAAAUUCUACUCUGGGAGGAGGAGCAACAGCAGGUACCAUGGGGCUCAGCACCAGGUAUGGCCCCCAAUUCACCCUUCAACAUGUUCCUGAUUAUAGACAGAACGUGUAUAUCCCUGGGAGCACUGCUACCCUCUCCAAUUCCGCUGGCAAACGUGAUGGAAAACCAGCAGCCUCUGGAGGGGGAAAUAAGAAGAAGUCAGGAAAGAAAGAGAAGAAGUAGGACCCACAGGAUAACACAACCACUUCCACGUAAAUCUAAAGGGCAGACUCUUCCAGCACUCCCCCAGUUCAUAGCCUAGGAUGGAAGAUGAAUGUGAAUUUGUGGUUAAAAUUUUUUUAAAAUAUGGAACAUUGUGAAUGUACAUUGUUGUUGUCAUCUAAGUUUAUGAGUAGAUGUACUGCUGUUAUUCAUGAAGAAAAAUAUCUGAAUAAUAACAAAUACAGUGUAUACUCUUUUGAGGAUAGUGUAAUAUGCAAGGGUGUCAGAUCUUUGAAACAUUUUCUUUCCUGAAGAUCUGCAUCACCAACAAAAUUUAGGAUGGGCUCUGCUCAUUGUAAAUAAUUAUUCUGAACAGAGUUUUUUAUUUAUAUAAGUUCCUCCAUUUUUACAAAAAUUCUCACUUUUCCAAAUUUUGAUAGAAGUUCUUGGGGGGGAGGGUUAGACAUCAUUUCAGCUGGAAUCCUUGUUAUGAUAUUGAUAGGGAGUGCUUUAAUUCCUGCUUUGUUUUAAAAGAAAUGUGUAUCCUGUAUUAUUAUAAGAGAAUGAGAUUCAGCUACAUUUAUCUUUUUUACAAGUUUAACCAAUGAUGGCCAGAAAAAAAUUAAACUGAUAUUGUAAUUUCUAAGAAGCAAGGAGUGCAUUGCAAUGGGAAAAUUUUCACGCACAGAACAUGUCUUAGAUAUAAGCAAAACAGAGAACACUGCCACUCAUGACUGAUUUACAGUGAUCUCUAAAGAGGCAACACAUCUCAUCAUAGUAUAUAUGUACUAAAUGUUUUCUAGAAAAAGUUGAAGAAAAAAGUCAUUCACUUGUGAGCAUAGUGAACUACUGCUCCUUUGCUUGACUCCUGAGGGAGAUGUCUUUGUUAACUGGAUGAGCUCUGCUGAUCUUAUAGGUAGAACAUUAAAAAUAGAAUGCUUCACAUUUUUCUGCACAUUAAACUGCAUGCAAAUCACUUCACAUUUACAGGACAGCUGACUUCACACCCAAGUUUGAAUUGGGAAAUUUAUUGCAUGACAUGAACAGCAUGUUAAUAUGCUCUCAAGUGCCCACAUCAGCACUGUCUAUGAGUAAAGUUCACAAACAAGAUGCAUUGCCCUUCCUCAGAGAGAUUGGGAAGCUUGUGUAUUUCAUUUCUCUGUGCAGUAUAGCCAAAAAAUAAUGUUGGUUUUUUGGUCUUCACAAUUUGAUAUUAAAUAGAAAGUGACUGAUUUGGGACAGCUAAGGGACCAGGUCCAAUUAAGGUAUACUGGAAUUAGAACUGAACAAAUUGCAAAGCCAAUCACUUUAUUCCUGAACUUUUAUAAAUAUUAAACAAAUGACAUUGUAUUGAUGCAAUCAGGCAAUUUGAGACUCCUACCACUAACUCUUCUUGGAUAUGAAUAGACCUUAAAAUAUUAAAAAUACAAUUUGUGUUACUGUUUUGAAAUUGCUAGAUUUACUCUCUUAACUGCAUCAUUUCAUAGCCUAGUAUGGAAAAGAAGUAGGAUUUCCUAACUCUGGCCCAUUUGAUAAUGUAAUGGCACUCUGAAUCAGGUGCGAAAUUGUAAUGUUACUUGGCAACAUUGGUUGUCUUUCUAGAUAUAUUGUAGGUUUCCUGUACUAUCUCAUGGUUUUCUUUAUUGCAACAAAAGAGCCAUAAAGAAUCAGAGGAGCAUAUUUCCAACAUGGAGGGCGAACCACUUAGUCCAAGAACUUUUUUUACAUUGUAAUAAAUAGCUUGCUUGAAAUAGUCAGAACAGGUCAGUCUAUGACAAGUUUCCGAAGUUGCCUCCCAAACUGAUUGGCUAUGUUGUUGUCACUGCUAAGAGCAUUUUAUGAACUAUUUGAUGCUUUCCCUGUGUCUAGAAAGUAGGACUUGUCUACAAGACGUUUUUAUCUACAUAUGGAUUUUAUAGUGAUCCCAAACCCUUCUCCAUCAACUUUUUCUUUGGUGACUGCAUUAGAAACAGUUUACAUAGUUAGCGAAAUAGACAACAAACUAGUGGGAUGUUCUGUAGCAUGAGCCACAUUUAAAUGAAUGAGAGCACAAUAGUUUUCUUGUCACACAGCUCCCAUUUAUCUCAAUGCAGUUUGUGCAGGUACACCUCUGCUGUGUUGUGCCUAAAGCUUCUUAUGUAAUCAAGUAGUUAACAUGUGACCUUUCCCAAAGUACUGUAGAUGAAUCUUAGUUAAUCUUGUUUAUUUUUUCAUCUACACCUGAAAAUAGUGUAGCAGUGUGUAGUGAUGUGUGUUUUUUAUUUGUUUAAUCUUAGUAAUUGAGUAGUGGACAUCAGUAUUUUAUAUUCUUUUGGAUCUUCUUCAUGUGUGUUCAUUGUGCUUUUAACUGUAUGUGAAUUGAAACACACUUACUUGUCCCUCCAAUGUGUCUAAUAUUGAGCUAUACUUAUAUAUUAUAUAUAUGCUUAUAUUCUUCUUAUAUCCAUGUAACUGAUAUUGAUGUGUUAACACGCAAGUUUUAUACUCUAAUAUUUAUAUUGCUUUUUUCUUUGAGAAAAAUAAAAUCUUUCUUCUGA